CCUACUACGAAAUACCAACAGAAAUACGAAAUCAAAACGACAGCAUUUCAAUUUUCUGUAAUUUAAUAACAGAAAUAGAAUUAGUGCCAAAGACAACAAUUUCCUGUCUCAGAAAUCUCCCAACAUCGAUCUUAGUCUUGAGAGUUUGAAGAAAAUAUGUCUUCACUUGCAGCUGCUAGAGCAGACAAUUUUUACUAUCCUCCAGAAUGGACACCAAAUCAGGGUUCUUUGAACAAGUUUCAUGGUCAACAUGCAUUAAGAGAGAGAGCAAGAAAAAUAGAUCAGGGCAUUUUGAUUAUAAGGUUCGAAAUGCCUUUCAAUAUAUGGUGUGGUGGUUGCAAUUCUAUGAUAGCAAAGGGUGUUCGGUUCAAUGCAGAAAAGAAACAAGUGGGCAAUUAUUAUUCUACAAAGAUAUGGAGCUUUUCCAUGAAGUCUGCAUGCUGCAAACACCAGAUUGUUAUCCAGACAGAUCCAAAGAACUGUGAAUAUGUUAUUAUUAGCGGUGCCCAGCGGAAGAUUGAGGAGUUUGAUGUUGAGGAUGCAGAGACUUUUGAACUCCCUGCAGAUGAAGAACGGGGUAAGCUUUCAGAUCCCUUUUAUCGGCUUGAGCACCAGGAACAGGACCUGCAGAAGAAAAAACAAGCAGAGCCAGUACUAGUGAGCCUUCAGAGAGUAUCUGAUGCUAGGCAUUCAGAUGACUAUGCCCUCAACAAGGCACUCAGGGCUAAACUUAGAUCUCAAAAGAGGAGAGUUGCUGAAGAAGAGGUUUCUUCAAGGAAACUGGGUCUUGGCUUACGCCUGCUACCAAAAAGUGAAGAAGACACUGCUGCUGCAGCAAAUGUGAGGUUUUCUUCUAAGUUUGAAAAGAAUAGGAAGGAUAAGCGAGCAUUGAUUAAAGCUGCUUCAAUCUUUCCUGAGUCAUCUGGGUCAUCCACGUCAAAUAAGAGACGAAUGGAACUUGAAGCAAAGCGAAGGAAAAUAUGUGCAAGUGCAGCAUCCAACUUGCUGACAGGAGCUUUUAAACCAUCAUCAUGGUCUCAAAGUUCUAUGCCAGCAAGCAGAAAUAAGGGUACUUCAGUUUCAGCUAGACGGUUCUAAGCUAGAAAUUUUCUAUAAUUUAAGAUUGCGUGUGAGGGUUUCUAAUAUGGGUUUUGUGCUAUUUGCAUUUGACUGAAAAUUGGCGUCGGAGCGUGUACAUGUAUAAAUCUGUCGUAUGUAAUUUUUUUUAUGUUUACUGAUUCAUAGCAUAUUGAUAUUAAUAUUGACCAAAUGACUAUUUGUCACUCAA